AUGUCCCAUGCCCAACAGGUCACCUGGUACAAACAACUACAUGACCUUAAUAAACUAAACCAAAACACACCCAUCCCCAAAGCUAAAACGCCAAAUCUCAGAAGCACAGGACAAGAUAAAGAGGCUCUAGCACUCACCCAAGUAGGCUACUCACUAAGAAAAUUAAAAGCCUCAUACUACUCUCAGGGAAACAGAGCACGCAAGAUACUAGCCCAAAGACUUCGGGACAGAUGGACCACAUCCAUAAUAGCACACAUACAGGCACCAAAUGGAGACAGGAUAGUAGCCCCGAAAGCAAUAAGCGACGAAUUCGCAACACACUAUGAAUCCCUAUACAACCUUAAAUAUGAUCUGCUAACACCCUCCACGUUUAUAGAAGACUACCUAAGUGACGCUCCCUUGCCAACUCUUUCAAAAGUUUAUAGGGACGCCCUCUCAGCCCCUAUCACUCAACAAGAGGUGAAGGACACAAUAAAAACCCUCCCCAUAGGCAAAGCCCCGGGCCCUGACUGA